CUCUUCGCACUGCCUUGCAAGUUUUCUAAGAAGGUUGCUUUCUCAGUCCUUACAGGAGCGAAAACCUAAACCCUCGAUUCAUUUAUCGGCGGAACGAGGUAAUAUAGUAGUGUCGGCAUCAAUGGUGAUAAUCUCCGGCAUGGAAGAAGAGGGAGCCAAACCCUCGUCUUCGUCCCAGCAGCAGCAGCCAAAAGCGAUGCCGUUCAGAGCAAGCUUCGAUUCGUCAAACCCGUUAGGGCUGGUGGAGAAAGUGAUAGAGUUUCUGGAGAAAGAAAGCGAUUUCCUCGAGAGAGAUACGGCGGAGAAGGAGAUCACGGCGGUGGUGAGAGCCGCGAAGGAAAGGAAAAGGAAAGCUGCUGCGGCGGCGGCGGAGGCAGAGAGAAAGAAGAAAUUGGAUGAGGAGGAGAAGCAGAAGCAGAAGAAGGAAGAGAAAGCGACGCCUGUGUUAAAGGAGGAGAAGAUGGAGGAGGCUGGACCAAGAGUUCCUAAUAAAGGUAACGGACUUGAUCUUGAGAAAUACUCCUGGACUCAGUCACUACCGGAGCUCAACAUCAAUGUUCCAAUCCCUACUGGCACUAAAUCAAGGUUUGUUGUAUGUGAUAUAAAGAAGAACCAUAUAAAAGUUGGACUCAAGGGGCACCCUCCAAUAAUUGAUGGUGAACUAUAUCGGCCUGUCAAACCUGAUGAUUGCUAUUGGAGCAUAGAGGAUCAGAAGGCACUCUCUAUUCUUUUGACAAAGCACGACCAGAUGGAGUGGUGGAAAACUGUGGUCAAAGGAGAGCCCGAAAUCGACACUCAAAAGUGUGAACCUGAAAACAGCAAACUAUCUGACCUGGAUCCUGAAACAAGGCAGACUGUGGAGAAGAUGAUGUUUGAUCAGAGACAAAAAUCCAUGGGACUUCCAACAAGUGAUGAGCUCCAGAAACAGGAGAUUCUAAAGAAGUUCAUGGCUGAGCAUCCUGAGAUGGACUUUUCGAGAGUGAAGAUGUCAUAGGGUGGACCUGCUUGGAUGUCGUGGACUGGGUCCUGCUUGGAUGCCCGUGGACACUGGGUCUGCUGCUUGGUUAGAACAUUUUGACAUGUUAAAUUUAUUAAUUAGGCCUCGGUUAUCUUAAUGAGCCUCUUUCUAUCUCUCUGGAACUUUUUGUCCAGUAAAUGAAAUGCUUUGAACUUUGUUGUUUGAGUUGUUACCUAAAUCAUUUUGCAGAUGUGUGUCAAUUUAUGCAUUGUUCAAGAAAUCUGA